CUGGGGGUAGAGAUGACUCAGCACAAUGAGAAUGUUGUGCUGAGUUGCAAUUUCUUCAUAUCCACACUUUAAGGAAGGGCAAACUGCACUCAGGUCAGCCUGAAGUGGUAGUUUCUGGUGGAAUCUGAACUGAAGAAGAAGAAGAAGACGAACACUAGAGAAGGCAAUAGGGGAAGAGGGGAAGUGAGACUGCUCGGUUUAGCAAGCUGGUUACAGUCCUGGGUAUUUGUGUAUGUUGAGUUCAAAGGUUGACUCUACAUGAAGAGAAAGCAGAGGUUCUUAAAGAGGAGAAACAAGAAGCUCUUAAACAAUGGAGAGGAUCAGUUUGCCAGUGCUGCGUCAUGUGGCAAUUUGUGGUGGCACACACGGAAACGAGAUGACGGGGAUUCACCUGGUGCAGGAGUUGGAGAGACAGCAGAAAGAGAAAGGUGAUGCCCCAUGGCCUGUCUCUGUCACCUUGGUAUUGUCCAACCCACGAGCUGUGAAAGAGUGUAAGAGAUACAUAGACAUGGACCUUAACCGCUGCUUUACCAGUACUACCCUCAGCUCUCCCAUCACUGAUGAUACUCCGUAUGAGAUACAGAGAGCUCAGGAGUUAAACUCUCUGUUGGGCCCCAAAGGUUCAGGAGAUGCUGUAGAAAUGAUCUGUGACCUCCAUAACACCACAGCUAACAUGGGCAUCACCAUCAUCUCCUACUCACAUAACAACUGGAUCUGCCUUCAUAUCUUUAAACACCUGCAGGAAAAUAUCACCAAUGUGCCUGUGAAGUUGGUGUUACUUAAUAUUCCACUUUCUGCAGCGUAUUCCCUCGAGUCUGUCUCCAAGUACGGCUUCUCUUUAGAAGUCGGGCCACAGCCACAUGGCAUUGUCAGAGCAGACAUCUUCAACAUCAUGAAACAGGGUGUGGACGCCAUCCUGGAGUGGACUGAAACCUUUAACUCAGGGAAAUUAAUUGAAGGAGGAGAGAUAGAGGGCUAUGUAAUUCAGAAGAGUAUGGAUUACCCCAGAGACCCAAAGACUGGAAAACCCUCAGCUGCCAUUCAUCCACAGCUACAGGAUCAAGACUUCUGCCUUCUCCAGCACGGGGAUCCUGUGUUCCUGACGUUCUCUGGAGAGACGCUGAGCUACGAAGAAGAAGAACCUCUUCAUCCUCUGUUCAUUAACGAGGCCGCUUAUUACGAGAAGGGAAUCGCCUUCCAUCUGGCUCACAAGAAGACAUUGAACAUCCCGAGGAUUCAAGCAGAAACAGACUGAGAUCAAACGGAGAAAUCAGGAGUUCAGGGAAAGAGGAAAGGAAGUUGAUGAGCAACAGCAAAGCCAAAGAUUUUAAUCUUUUUCUUAUAAAUAAAUUACAGCCUCAGGGAUUAAAAUGAUCACAACAGGAAUCCUAACAACAAUUAUACAAUCUUACUUGAUUUUUUAAAAACUUUAUCACUUAUUUUGAAAGUAAACUCUAUGUAUUUAAUCAGUAUUAUAAAUAAAUAAAAAUCACUACAUA